UUAAAUCAAUAAUUAUGUUUGAAACUAUUUUUUCAUUUUUUUAUAUUUUUAAGUAUUUAUUUAUAUAUUCAUUAAAAUUCUGUAUUUUACAUUCUAAUAACUCUACUUUACCUCUCAAGUCUAAAUCAUAAGUCUAAAUUAGUUAACUCUAGAAAUAUAAAUAUCUUUUUAUAUUUCACUAAAGAUGAGGAUAAAAUUGGCUAAUGUAAACAUAAAAAAUAGUAUUAUAAAUAUGGUAUAUGUGGUAAUUUCCCAAGAUUCUAUCUAUAUAGCAUUUGUGUCCUGUAAAAUUAGAUUCAUUUAAAGUUGGUUCUUUGCUAAGUGUAAUUUAUUUUCUAUAAUAUUAAAUAUUUUUAAUAAAAAUAAAAUAAAGAUCUGCAGUAAAAAGGAGUAUCUAAUUAAUUUGGUCCUUCUUUUUGUUUUAACUUAUGCAAUCUUCUCUACUAAAGUCUAGAUCUUCGCUGCAUUUAAUGAUUAUUUUCGUUAAAUAUUAGAUACUAUCCUGUUAAUUUGAAGUCAAGAAUAUGUCAUAUGAGUAAUGAUUUAAUUUGUUGCUUGCACUUAUUCUCUAAAAUAUUACCAAAUUUAAGAUAUUUUUAAUUUUAUAACAUACUAUUAAUUAUAUUUACUAUUUUUAAAAAGUCAAAACAAUUAAAACAUUUUAGGCAACAAAGUAACUUUUUGACCCAUCAUGCUCGUAUUUAUACCCCCUACAAUUGUGGUGUACAUCAUUAAACCAAAAUCAUCCUCACUAACACCGUUUUGAACAAACUACACAAGAAAUUAUUUCACAACUCAGAAAAUAUGAACAGUCCUCGCGUAACUAUUGCAGUAUUCUUGGCAGCAAUUGUUUUUACUGCAUCUUUUUCACAUUUUGUGGUGGAGGGUAAGAAAGAAAUCAUAAUCUCAUUCAAAUGCAAACAGAAAUCAGAAUGCUUAACAAACAUUGCUUGCCAGGCUUGUGUUGAUUGCCGAUGCGAUAAUGGAAAAUGUAGAUGUCAUGGUUUCAAAGAAGAAAUCGCGAAUCCAACAGUUUCUUCAUUAGGAUCUUGAUUAACUAAUUAAUUUCCUAUGUAAACUAUCAUUUUAUUCGUAAUGCAAAAUAGUAAUUUAAAAUAAAAGAAUAAUUUUGGUCUAAAUUGAGGUUAUUUAUUUAUAUUUUUUCUCUA